AGAUUAGUCAUUCCAACCCCAGAGAAGGAAGCUUACAGCUAAACUGAAGCCUCUGUGACCAGCAGUGGGAAAUAAGAUGGGGUUCUUGAACAUGGGGUGUGAGGGGACAGUUGCCACAGUCCUUCCAACCCUGUUUGGGAGCUCCUAGGUGGAGAACUGUCAGUUCUUUGAGCUACCUUCCUUGGCUCUAGAAGGUUGUUUGUUUGAUAGUUAUCAAAAACAGUCUCGGGAAGGCGGAGAUAGUAGCCCAAGGUCACACAGCCAGAGUAUAGAAAAGCCGGCCUUCCAGUCAGUUUUCCAUACCUCAGUGCAAGGCACCGAAUUCUGAGUACUCGUGGAGACUGGUGUGGGGGUGGGGAUUAAAAAAAAAAAAACGUUUUUCUUUUCUAUUUGCCUAACCUGUCUGCCAAAGCAAACUUGCUCCUCUAGGCGGAUUUGCUCUCCUUUUAGGCUUGUAGGUAGCGAAAUAGUCAUCCCUUCUCACUGUUCAACUCAGAGCGCCGAGAGCAGGAUCUGCCUCAAAGGACAUUUCAAGAAUUGAACAGAGAAAUCCCAAGCAAGCUGCCUGAAUCUGCUUUCAUUUUCUUGCUCUGCCUUCAAUCUGGAGAACCAGGACCAAUUGAACUGGUGACCUUUAGUUUCCUCCAGCCGUGGAUGCCUUUGACAGCAUGACCGCAGAGGAUUCCACCACAGCCAUGAACAGCGAUCCGACAGUGGGGUCCUCCUCCAAGGUGCCAGAGGGCGUGGCGGGCGCGCCCAAUGAGGCUGCACUGUUGGCACUGAUGGAGCGCACCGGCUACAACAUGGUACAGGAGAACGGGCAACGCAAGUAUGGUGGGCCCCCUCCUGGCUGGGAGGGCCCGCAUCCCCAGCGAGGCUGCGAGGUCUUCGUGGGCAAGAUCCCGCGGGAUGUGUACGAAGAUGAGCUGGUUCCUGUGUUCGAGACCGUAGGCCGCAUCUACGAGCUGCGCCUCAUGAUGGAUUUCGACGGCAAGAACCGCGGCUAUGCCUUCGUCAUGUACUGCCACAAGCACGAGGCCAAGCGAGCCGUUCGUGAGCUCAACAACUAUGAGAUCCGCCCGGGCCGCCUGCUGGGCGUGUGCUGCAGCGUGGACAACUGCCGCCUCUUCAUCGGUGGCAUCCCCAAGAUGAAGAAGCGCGGGGAGAUCCUGGAGGAGAUCGCCAAGGUCACCGAGGGCGUGCUCAACGUGAUCGUGUAUGCCAGCGCCGCAGACAAGAUGAAAAACCGAGGCUUCGCCUUCGUGGAGUAUGAGAGCCAUCGCGCUGCAGCAAUGGCGCGCCGCAAGCUCAUGCCGGGUCGCAUCCAGCUGUGGGGCCACCAGAUCGCUGUGGAUUGGGCCGAGCCCGAGAUCGAUGUAGACGAGGACGUGAUGCAGACAGUGAAGAUCCUCUACGUGCGCAACCUCAUGAUCGAGACCACCGAGGAGACCAUCAAGAGGAGCUUUGGCCAGUUCAACCCAGGCUGCGUGGAACGCGUCAAGAAGAUCCGCGACUACGCCUUCGUGCACUUCACUAGCCGCGAGGACGCCGUGCACGCCAUGAACAACCUCAAUGGCACAGAGCUGGAGGGCUCCUGCUUGGAAGUCACGCUGGCCAAGCCUGUGGACAAGGAGCAGUACUCCCGCUACCAGAAGGCAGCCAAGGGUGGUAGUGGUGGCUCAGCAGAGGUGGUAGCCCAGCAGCCCAGCUAUGUGUACUCCUGUGACCCCUACACGUUAGCCUACUAUGGCUACCCCUACAACGCGCUCAUCGGACCCAACAGGGACUACUUCGUGAAAACAGGCAGCAUAAGAGGCCGAGGGCGAGGUGCCGCUGGAAACAGAGCCCCAGGGCCCAGGGGUUCCUACCUUGGAGGAUAUUCUGCUGGCCGUGGUAUAUAUAGCCGAUAUCAUGAAGGCAAAGGCAAACAGCAAGAAAAAGGAUAUGAACUUAUGCCAAAUUUGGAAAUUUCUACUGUCAAUCCAGUUGCCAUUAAACCUGGUGCAGUGGCCAUCCCUGCCAUCGGUGCCCAAUACUCCAUGUUCCAGGCAGCCCCAGCCCCUAAAAUAAUUGAAGAUGGCAAGAUCCACACAAUGGAACACAUGAUCAGCCCCAUUGCUGUGCAACCUGACCCCGCCACUGCUGCCGCCGCCGCUGCCGCCGCCGCCGCCCAUGCUGCUGUUAUUCCUGCUGUGUCCACACCGCCACCAUUCCAGGGCCGUCCAAUAACUCCUGUGUAUACCGUGGCACCAAAUGUUCAGAGAAUUCCCACCGCCGGCAUCUAUGGGGCCAGCUACGUCCCCUUCGCGGCUCCGGCCACUGCCACGAUCGCCACACUACAGAAGAACGCUGCGGCCGCCGUGUACGGGGGCUACGCCGGCUACAUACCUCAGGCCUUCCCCGCUGCUCUCCAGGUGCCCAUCCACGAUGUCUACCAGACUUACUGAGACCAGGGACCAGAGCCAAGGCAAGCCACCAAACACCGCUGAAGGAACACUUUGUUAUUUAUGAAGAAAGAACGUGUCGGAUUAGCACACGUGCAAAACCUGCAAGUGAAGAAUGUUAGCGAAUAUCACACUGAAAUAUUUUAUAACCAUGAAGUUUUCACUCUUUUUUUUUAAAGACUUUUCAACUUAGCAGGCCCGCGUUCAUACAUUUCUAAGAGACUUGCAACGCCUCACGCCUUAAUACCAUCUUUUAAAAUUUGUACGCUCUACUGCAUUUGUACAGAGGUUUGGUUUUGUUUUUUAAGGAUAUAUUUUCAGUAUGAAGGUUAUUUUCUUAACUUCUGCACUCCAGAGAUUUCUAUUUUGUAGAACCUUUCGAAAUAUAUCAGCUAUAUAUUAAAUAUAUACAUAUAUUUUAAAAAAGCACAUCCAAGCAUCUAGGGAACUAUUUUUAAGCUAUAUUCAAUAUUUAAAGAUACAAACUGUAGUGCUUUGAAAUGCUACAUAAAACCUUAUUUUUUAAAGGUGAUGCUGGAAAGUGCAAUUUCAAAAUGAGUAGAAAUUUCUGCUGUAUUUCCCUGGCAUUAAGGGUUGAGGGUAUUGCCAUGAUCAUGGUUUCUGGUUUGGGGUUUUUGUUUUGUUUUAGUAACAAUCUCAUCUCCCCCAGAGUCCCAACACUGGAAAACUCUCACCUGCCCUGAUUACCUUGGGCUCACUCUGUGUCUUUGUUAACUAUCCCACCCCUGCACCCCUUCCCCACCCCCUGCCUCCAGUGCACCUUUUAUUCUGAGAGGACAACUGGUGCCUUUUGUACUUCUUCCUGGGGUUUUGUUGGGCUCUUUUUUUUUUUUUUAAGUUUGUUUGGAGGUGUUACCCUCUUCUAUGUGUCUUCAGUAGCAGAGUACAUGUAUGGACAAGAUUUUACCAUGUUCUCGUAAGACACCUUUGCAUAGCUAUUUAAUUGUUCAUUAUGAGACUUUAACUUUCUAAUGCUUUGGUUUUUGAAGUCUGAGUUUUUAGAGACCAAGAAUGUAUAUGAUUAUAGACAAGGCCUUCAGGAUUGGCUAACAGGAAGUUCAGCUUCUAGCUGCCUUCUUGUAGAGUGUCUGCCUUCGUCAGGGCUGUUGGAAGCAUUGUUUGUCAACAAGGCUCCCCUAGGUUGCCCUGUGUCUGGCAGAUCAACGUGGGGCAUAUGGAUUCAGGAGGCGAGUGAGCUGUAGGAGUUACAGGAGAGCUCGUGAGUCACUUCUGACGCUUGCUUGUAGUCUUCUGCGUUGCCCAAGCCCAUGGUGUGUAGUGCAAAGCAAAACGCAGCCAUUUUAUUUCAACAUUAUUAAAGUGUUUGUUAUCUUGUUUUGUUUUUAGGAAUUAAACACACAGAUGCAGUGUUCUGUGCCUGUUUAAACGCUUCUCUUCGGCAGAGUGAAUGUAAAAUACAGUAAAAUGCUAAUAUCGUCAUCUGUUGAAUGAAUUACAUCAACUCUCUUUUUAAAAGGCUCGGUCAAGGACGUGGGGUGUGCGAUUAGGUGCACAAUAAGAUACACAGUUGAAUUUUAUGUCAUAACAAAAUCCAUCAAAUCUUUCUUCCCACCAGAGUUUGCUAAUGGGCUUAACUCUUAUUUGUGGAUUAGUUCUAGGAUCGUGCCCAUAGCCAAUGCUCUUAGAUAGAUAGUUGUUUAAUUUUUUUUCUCUUCUUUUAAAUUAAGAGAUUCCCAAAUAUCUUUCCCCCCCUUCUUUUGAUGAGAUGGAUUUUUAUAUAAGGAGUAUUUAUUAAACUAUUCUACAAAUGGUUGAAUGCCUGCUGAGGCCUUUUACCUCUCCUCUCCAUCCUGGUUGAAUGGCAUAAAGUAGCUGUGCAAUGCUCUAAGGGUUCACCCAGGAAGUUGCACGCACACCAAUAUGUUGGGAUGAGUGACUCUGUAAAAGGCACCUCCUACCGGGUCCUCCUCCCUUGACUUGUGGGAAAGAAGUGCCCAGGACGGUCACAGAGGUCCUCCGAUGGAACAUUGGCCCUGUGUUCUUACUGUAUUUUACAAGUGUCGAGAAAACAUUUGAAAAAAAACCCAAAAACUAAUAAUAAUAAUAAUAAAAGGAAAAAAUGCACUAUUUUAGUGUGGCAACUGCCCUAACAACAAGCCUUGGUGGCAUCCAGGUAAGCCUCAGUGACCCUGCUGUCUGUGGUCCCCAUUGUCCCACAACCAUUUCAUGUACACUACUGAGGUGAGUUUAUAACUUGAAAUGUGAACUUUUUUUUUAGGAUUAAGAACAAACUAAUAUAAAUGUUUUUAAAUGUUUUAAAGUUUUAGACAUGCUACUAGUUUAGUUUUUAGCUUGGUAUUUGAAAAGCUUUUUAGAUCUCGCUGCAUUUCCAGAAUACAUUCUUAGGAUGUAUGUGGUAAAUAAAGCUUUCUUUAAAGCA